CGUGCACCUAGACAGAAGCGCAUUUCAAUGACGCCACAGCGUGCCCGCACGCACGCACACGCAGGCACGCGUAGCCUUCCGCUCGCUUAUUAGAACCGGCAGACGACCGCUACACAAACGCGACGCCGGCGUCUCUUUUCGCAGUGCUGUCACGUCCACUCGGGUGAACGUCGUCGUCCGUAUCUCUCCGCCGCCGCCGCCACCGUCGCGGUGACUUAAGACAGCUCGAUUUAAAAAAAAAAAAAGGCAACGCAAUAAAUAAGAACAAAAGAGAUAAACGCAGGUUUGCGCGGGAAGGCCUCGCACAUCGGCAGUUUGUCCGUCCGUCGUAUACAGGCUGCAGCGUGCGGCUGCCGCUGCCUGCGGCGGCAGACAACCGCCUCUUUUGCCGGACACAUGCAUGGUGACUUUCCAUUGCUCGCGCUGGAACUCAUACACAGGCGACGCCCGAGUUCAAUUUACAACCUCACCCCUGGACCAGGCGUCCAGCACCACGGAAUCGCAGAGUCGCAGCGACCAUCAGCCCUGCUGAGUCAUCAAAACUGCAGAGCCCGGUGGGAUUAGAUAUGUUCAUACAUUGGCGCCGUCGUUCAAGAAGUACUGCUUUUGUAUUCGACCCUUAAGGAAACGCGAUUAUUGACCGGGACGUUAAAAAGAAAGGAAGACCAGGACGCGAGAUUGCGUGCGCGUUCUUUUGAAUAUCAUUCGGAAGCGUAUGCAUGCGCAAGAUAAAAUGUCUACUGAGGACAGUUCCUCGUGUUCUCGUUGACAAAAAACAUGUCGACGUGAGCACUACGAGCAGGGGAGGCUCGUCUGUCCGCACUAUCUCGCGAAUACACGACGGAUAGCUGUGAUCUCCAGAGGACAAAACAACAAGCAGCUGCCAAGUGCAGCAAACCCAGGCCGGGCUCCUUCGGAGAGCCUGUUCGAAACAACUUAAUUGUCACCGCGACCGGCCCCGACGCGUAUCUUCUGUGCAAACCACGACAAGCCAUAAUGAUAGCGACAGCCACCAUAAACGGUCCGUUCGGACCACGGCGGCAGCACAGCCGGUCGCCGCUGAGGGACCCGAGUCCGCCCAGACGACGACGUGCGACCGCUCCAGCGCGACACAUUCAGCCGAGCAAGUUCGGGUGCGUCGACAACGGCAGCAAGCCACUUCGACUGCGCAAGCGCAGGGUAUCAUCCGUCAACGCAACCGCCAUGGGGGCCGUCAAGUACAACGUGGACCAGUGGGUUGAGGCCAACAAGGCCUACUUCCUGCCACCCAUCUGCAACAAGAUGAUGCACAGCGACGGUCAGCUCAAGGUGUUCUACGUGGGCGGUCCCAACGUGCGUCCCGACUACCACCUGGAAGAAGGCGAAGAGCUCUUCUACAUGCUGCGAGGAGACAUGUUGCUCAAGGUGGUCGAGCGCGGCAAGGCCAAGGACGUGGUGAUCCGCGAAGGCGAGGUGUUCCUGCUACCCGGCAGGAUCCCGCACUCGCCGCAGCGCAAGCCCAACACGGUCGGGCUCGUCAUCGAGCGGGAACGGACGCAGCGAGAGCUGGACUGCGUGAGGUUCUAUCUUGAUGACAGCUGUCAAGAAGUUCUGUACGAACGCUGGCUCCAGUGUGAUGACCUGACGCAAAAGCUAGCGAACCUGCUCAAUGAGUACAUGGCCUCUGAAGAGCACCUCACCAGAAAGCCUGGUCCAAAAUCCUUCCUGAGGAAACCAGCCUAUGAGCCGGAUAGCAGCGUGAACCUGGAAGCGCCCUUCAGCCUCAACCAGUGGCUCGAUGAACAUGGGGCUCAGCUGGACCACAAAGGCGGCAAGAGGGAUCUGUUCGGGCCGGGCCACCAGUCGACCAUCGUGAUGCUCGGCAACGGAACCCAUGGGACACAGUGUGCUGGCACGGAGACCUUCCUCUGGCAAGUCAAGGGAUCGGCCAGCAUCAGCGUAGCCGGCAGUGCGUUCCCACUGGCCGAGAACGACACCAUGCUCGUGCCCACGCCCGGGCAGUACACACUUGUGAACCAGCCUGGCGGACGCACUCUUGCUACCAGCAUGCCACCAAAAUGCAUCUUGUGAUACACCACCACCCCUAAGUGACCCCUCUAGUAUGUUAGCGGGGACAUCGGAAUCACUUUGCGAGUGGGCAGCAGUGGUAAGCGCCCUGCAACAGCCACUAGCUGUGCCAUCUAUUCAGUGUGUCGGAGAAACUGCAGCCAUUCCCCAAACUGAGAGAAAGUGGCCAGGUGAAUUGCAAAGCAUCUCGCCUACCCUCAUUUUCAAUGCCACUAUACCAGGUCAUCCAAUCUCAGUAGCAAACAACUCAUUAGCAUUCAACCACGAAUUCGCACAUAUGAUCUUCACAUUCAACUUUAUGAAUAAAGACAUGGCCACUAUAAAACUUCUGGCACAUAUUUUAUCAAUGAACUGUCAAUCUGCAGGUGUCUUUAUGAAUUUUAGCUGCUAUGAGCAUUAAAAUACUAAAAAAUUAUGCAGAUCUCAUGAACUGCUUGGAUGGAUGUUAUGCGAAGAAUUUCUAUGUAGCUGGCUAACCAGUACCACUUGGGAUUCUACAAAGUUUUACCUGAUGGACAAACAGGUUUCGCAUAACGUGAAUGACCCUGCAAACUUGGGUAGCCCCAGAGUAGACGGUACAAACCAUAUUUCUUGCGACAAUCAUCGGGCCUAUAUUAUUAAAAAUGAAAAUCUCGCAUCUCGUAUUAUCUCGACAAAACAAAUGUGGUAGAUUUAAGAGCUGCAAAAGAAACGCAACCACUUAGCAAUGCAUUUUGGCAGGAAUUUUGAUUUUAGAACAUUUACAAUUUAGAAUGAAUUUCCCACCAUUGCUGCUGAAAGCAGCACUUUAAGAACCUACAAUAUUUGAACACAACAAUCUCAUUUGACAGAGAAUGCAUCAAUAUUUUUGUAAGAGGCAUUGAAGGCAUUUGGAGUUAUCUGCAUCCUCAAUCAUGUGCUUACUUAACAAGGUUACUUUAGAAAUUUACCCGCACACUAUUACUACAUAUAGAAAGCAAUAUUUUAUAAACGGAACAAGUUGUAAAUGUCUUUUACCAGUAUGGGCUAUUGUGUGCCUUCUGUAAUAAUGAAUGUAUAGGACUGUUCUGGUUCAAGUGUAUGAUUUUUGUACAGUGACGAUACAAUGUACAGAUGUGUAUGAAGCAUUUUAGUUGACAAAUAAAGGUCUUGCGCAAUAAAUUGCUUUUCAUCCCAAGAAAUUUUGUGACAAGCCUGAGGAAUAACUGACAUGAUUGAUCAUGCUAAGUCAUGACAUUACAUUGUGCAAUAGCAUUCUGGUCAAAUGGUAUGCAGCUGACAAGUCCUGUCCUUUUAUAAGGAAAGAAUCAUUGUGUACAAGAACUGCUGCGUGUAAAAAGUGAUUUCAUCUUUGCAAUUAACGAGCAGGAAAGUGAGAAUAAGUGGAAUCGUGAGCAGGGUGUUGCAAUGUGCACUUUAAAUGAGUUCUAAACUUUAGAGGGAGCCACGGAACUGUGCUAAUUCAAAUGUCUCGAGGCCAAUUCGAGGCCAAUUCAACUUUUCAGUCAGACAGAGCUAACAUAACAAAUGAGCUAGUAAAAGCCAAUAACUGUCACAUUAUGGACAUACCAAGUUCAUUGGAACUGAAAGCAACAAAUUUCACCCUCAAUUGAAAAAAGAAAGAAAAGUUGGAAGGCAAUUCAAGCUCCAGUUGAAGUCGCAAGACAGCCUUCCCGAUCGAUUUGGGGAUCAGAUGGAGGUGGGGUCACUCGCCACCGUGCUGUAUCGUGUCACCUCUCACGGGAGGGGAGCAGAAAGAGCGUUGCUAGUUAAGCGCAAUGCUCUUGAUUGUCGCAGUCGCUAGGUAGCCUAAUGAAUCAAAUUUUCAUAAAGUGAUGCAAUGCUGAUCAGCAUUGCACUUUGCCUUCUCGGACGGUGUUCUAACUACACUGAUAUGGGUGCUUGUGCUCCCGUGCAUGUUUGAGUGGAUCCAUGACAAACUGUGGUGAGCCUUUAUUUUUUUUUGUAUCAACUUUGCCCUUUCUGCUGCUUAACCCAUAGAAUGUGGUUGCUACGUAGCUGGACGGAACCACGGUAAUGUUGUUUGCCAUCGCUUGGAGAUACUCCCAUUAUUUUGUGCAUACCACCUAACUAGAUAAUUAGUGUCAAUUAAUUAAUCAACUUCUCAAUAAUUAAAAUUAAAAUUAAAGUGUAGAUUAGAAAAUUGUAGAGCAACAUGAGAAACUCCCGGUAUGGCUUUCUGUUGCUCAAUAGGUGCUACAUAAGAGUGUUUUUACGAGCAUGAAAGAAGCUCGCGAAUACAUGCACGCCUCGAUUGGUCAGCCAUGCAUCAAUUUUGCAUGUGUUCGUAAGCUUUUGAACGCUCGGAAGAACACUUUAAUCUAGUACCUAUUGAGCAACAGAAAGCUGUAUUGAAAGUUUGUCAUGUUGCUCUACAAUUCUUUAAUUCAAAUUUUUCAUAUAGUUAUAGUGACUAAGAAGUUUAUUAAUUAAAUAACACAAAUCAUCUAAUUAGGCAGAAUGCAAAAAAUUAUCUGAGUAUCUCCAAAGUACGGCAAACAACAUUACUUUGGUUCAGUCCAGUUACAUGGCAUUUGCAUAUUUUUAAUGUUUCGCUCAAGUUACAUGAAACACCCUGUAUAUUUACAAAUAUAUCUGCCAAAAAAAUGACGCCGAAACCUGAGGAAUAGGCAAAGAAAAAAAAAAGCUUCACUUUAAAAGUGGCCUGACGAUAUAAUGACUUGGCAAUGACACCCAGCUGAGUAAUGGGAUGGACGGAUGGACACAGCAAAAACUAUUUUGAGCUUUUACAGUAAAAUGUUAUGCAGAUUGGUGCAAUUGAACGUCACGCAGAAACUCCAGUAGCUCCCAGCAAUGGCAGUUUGUAUGAAUCACAUUGACAUGCAUACUUCUUCAUCUUUCUCCGGUGACAACUUUUCACCGGCUAACAAACGUGAAACAUUAUGGCUUGGCGUAGAUUGUGCCUGCACGUAUCAGAAGUUUCUCUAAUGUUAUCAAUAGUUCUAACCAUUGUUUGUUGUCGCCGAACCUUUUGUAAUCUGAUUUUAUGCACGAGGCAAAUUGUGUAGUACUUUCCAGAAGCCACGCGGGCACCAGUGAUUAUGCUGGAACCUUCGACGAGUCAUGUGUAACAACCAAUGAGCUUGACCCACUGAUCAGAUUUCGCCAUUAGCCGACUUUGCUCGCCGCCAUCGUGCUUCGAGUGUCACUUGCUUUUGUGGGCACUGGUUCACCCAAUAAAAAGUUAGCUUUGUGAUUUACAGUUU